UUCAUAUGUGGAUAACACUCCACUGUCCUGCAGCUGCACACACACACACACACACACACACACACAUCUGGAUUAAACUCUGGGAACAGCUCCUGGUUUGGAGGAUCUCCACCGCUGCCAUGUCCACACCUGUGCAGCUGGAGCCGGUCAUGGAGAGGAGUUAUGGGGGGGUGGGCCGCUGUAAAUGCUCCUUCUGGUUCGCCGUGGCCCACGACAUACUGGGGACCUUCCUCAUGCUGGUGGGGGUGUUCGGAGGACUGGUCGUCCAUGAUUUGUUCAUCUACGCAGGGGCCAUCGUCAUCUUCCUCAGCCUCAUCUGGUGGGUGUUCUGGUACUCUGGGAAUAUAGACGUCCCCCCCGAGGAGCUGGAGGACGACGUGGGUAAGAUAAGGCUGAAGAACCAGAGGCUGAGCCGGGCCAUGAGGCAGAUGUCGGACCGGUUUUCCUCCAGGAUCAGGAACUCUUUCAGGAGGAGUAGACCUUCAAACACUGAGGUGUCGCUGUCCACCACCUUUGACAGCAACAUGUCUUCUCCAUCCACAUCUCCAUCCAAAGACCUUGUGAGGGACACCUUAUCAAUAUGAACCUCAGAAUCAUUCUGAACUUGGACUUAUUUGUUUGUAUUUGCACAUUUUUCUGGUGACAGUGAUUUUGUGUGUGUGUGUGUGUGUUUGCUCUGCUAACGUGCUGAAGUCUUGUCCAGAUAACAUCCCCAUGUCCGUUUCUAACUGAUAAGAUGUAAACUUUGCACACUAACAGAAUUGCAAAACUGGAAACCACAGCAUACACAUCUGUCACUAUUAUGGUGUAUUCAUGAAUUUUGCAAGGGUUUUGGUGACUGUAAAUAGAAAAUAAAUGGUAUUUUAACAGA